AUGCCGAGUCACCAAUCUGGAUUCCUGACAGGCUCGUUCGGCCUUUCAGGGCCUCCGGCUCUGAGUUUGAAAAGAAAGAGCAGACCGCGCCAUCCAUGGUGCCUGUCUGUGGCACAAAUUUGUCCAACUGAAACCACUGCAUCGGCUCCGGCUCCGGCUUCCACAGACGAGGUGAAAGAAAAUCCUUUGACUACAGCUUUCGUCCGCCUUCAGCUUUCACCUCGACAGCCGCCGUGUGUUCCUAGAUCAGCAGCAACUCGCAGCGGUGUGAUGCCAUCCUGGGGACAACUCAAGGCGCUGGCUGAAGGAGCUCACUCCUUGGUGGCUGCAGCUCAUCUACUGCCCUCAGCACCGAAUCUGUUUGUUGCUAUGCUUUCACUUUUGGCUGCUGAGAUAUGGUGUCUCUCGCUCUUUCCUGUUGUUGCUGCAGAUAUGUCCUAUUGGGCCUAUCUUCCAGACCCUCCAAUGUUCCAUCCUGCUAGUUGGGACUUUGGACCUAUUAAGGUCACCACUAAUAACACCGAUUUAUUGGGGGGAGAAAGUAAUUCUUAUUUGACACAAAAGACUGAGUACAAUUUUAGUUAUAUGGGCAUGUCAGACACUCUUCCUGUUUGCUUCUCUAUUAAUAAGGACAUGUCUGGCUGUGUUCCUUUGGCUGAACAUCAGUUAAUUGCUGACUCCCCUACUCCUCCUACUAGUACUCAAGGGGAUGAUGGACAGGAACAACGAGAUGUAUGGUUCCUUAAGUUAUAUCUCCCAAAAAAGUAUAAUACUUCUGCCUAUGAGAUAGAGCCUACAGCCUUACCCAAAAAAUUACCUGUUUGUCAAAAUAGUACAGAUUUAGAUUCCAUUUGGGAAAAAAUACCACCUUCAGGGUACCCAAAAUGGUUUUCAUGUGGCUUUCCUACUAAAACUAUUAAAUAUUCUCUUUUUAAUUCCUCUCUGUCCUUGUUGGAUUGGUCAGUCAGUAGUCCAGACCAUGACUAUACACAGACUUUAAAACAAGCAAAAUAUAUACGAGGAGACAAUACUAUGCCUACUGUUAAGGCAAGUGCUUGGUAUGGUCCAGGUUGGGUUGCACCCUCAUUUCGUCCUCAAAUGCUGGGAAAAAAGGACUUCCCAGUACAACUGGAUCUUUUUAGACUGUUUGCAGCCACCCGUAAAGUCACUAUAAUCAGACCCCGGGGGACAGUUAUACAAACCUCUGCCCCCGUGACUGCUUGUGUGGCUGCCCCUUUCUCCAUUAUUCAUCCUGGAAUGGAGGGCCACUUCUAUUUGCAACAAAGUUCUCAUGGGAUAUUUCAUGUUUCUUGUUCUAAUUGUAUUCUCUCUAAUUGUAUCACGGAAACUUCUGAGGAUGUUUUCUUGAUUUUACGUCAACCUCCAUAUGUUAUGCUACCAGUAAAUAUUACUGGAAAUUGGUUUUCUAAUCCUGGAAUUGAAGCUCUCCAUAGAGCUAUGGUUCUGAUCACACGCCCCAAAAGAUUUGUAGCAACUUUAAUUUUAGGUAUUACAGCUUUAAUUGGAAUUAUUUCAAGUUUUUCUCUCUCAACUACGUCCUUGGUAAAAGAAAUACAUACUGCUAAUCAUGUUAAUCAGCUUUCUAAGAAUGUCAGCCUAGCACUUAUGAUUCAGGAAAAUAUAGAUAGAGGAAUACAGGAUAGACUCAAUGCUUUGGAAGAGGCAGUCCUCUUUAUAGGAAAUGAAAUUCAAAACAUAAAAAUUAGACUCUCAGUGCAAUGCCACUCAUUAUAUAGAUGGAUAUGUGUUACUCCACUGCCCUAUAAUGACUCCGAACAUGAUUGGUCACAAGUUAAAUCCCACUUACAAGGCCUUUGGAACAAUUCUCAGCUGACUAUGGAUAUGGGUCUUUUGCAUGAAAAGAUCUCGGAUAUUAGUAAUUCUCAUGUAGGAUCUGCCUCUCUAGAGGAAGUUUCUACAGUCUUUGCUUCUGCAGUUACUGAGUUCGUUUCCAACACUUCCUGGCGCAACUUUUUAUUUAACAUCUGUAUCAUUGCUGGUCUUGUUCUUGUUCUUCUUUUUCUUCUCCCAGUCAUCUUCAGACAACUCUGCUACUCACUUUCAGCAUUAACUGUGGACGUUCAAGCCAUUCAAUUAAAACAAAAAGGGGAAGAUGCAGAAGAUGGCAAGCAUAACACUUCAGGAUCAUGA